AAAAGAAACCCAGCCCCGUAGCCAACCAUGGCCGUGGCCCCUCUCGCCUUUGACCGGCUUAACCUUGAUUUUGCUAUGAAGAAUGGACAUAUUGCCAGCUUUGUACAGCUAAGCAGUCGUUCCUCCUCAUCUAGUUUAGGAACAAUAACAAUAUAGUAGCAACAGGUAUAUCUCUCCUGUUAGGAAUCCGCUUCAGUCCCCUUACACUGACUAUUUCGGUUUUUUUUUCAAAGUAAACAAACAGCCCACUUACUCUGUUCCAAUGGGAUCAGCUCUGCAGCAGUUUCGUGCAACUGACAUGUUUUCUUGAGUUCCAGGCAUAUCUUCCCCAUUGCAUACCAUAUUGCAAGAUAGAGUCCUUCAAGCAAUGACCUGUUGCAAUAUAGAGUCCUUCAAGCAAUGACGUGUAGCUCAAAAAAUGGAAGUGCUCUUUCACUGCUGUUUGUGUAGCACUUAAUUUUUUUAAAAAAAGUCUUGACUCUGAACAAGUGGCACAGUAAUGCCAUGACCACAGAAUAAUGAGUAAGAUGAAGAUGCCUAAACUUAAGGGCUUUGAGUUUUGGAGAAACACAUUGAGAGGUGCCUGCUAUGUGGUUGCUCCCAUGGUGGAUCAAAGUGAACUCGCAUGGAGACUGCUAAGCCGCCGUCAUGGAGCUCAGCUGUGUUAUACCCCUAUGCUGCAUGCUCAGGUCUUUGUCAGAGAUGCCAAUUACCGUAAGGAAAAUCUGUAUUGUGAAGUGUGCCCUGAGGAUAGACCUUUGAUUGUGCAGUUUUGUGCCAAUGAUCCAGAAGUGUUUGUUCAGGCAGCCUUGUUGGCUCAAGAUUAUUGUGAUGCCAUUGAUCUGAAUUUGGGGUGCCCCCAGAUGAUUGCAAAGAGAGGUCACUAUGGAGCAUGCCUGCAGGAGGAAUGGGACCUUCUUCAGAGAAUGAUUAUGUUGGCUAAUGAGAAGCUGUCUGUUCCUAUUACAUGCAAAAUUCGUGUUUUCCCAGAAAUUGCCAAAACUGUGAAAUACGCUCAGUUGCUGGAGACGGCUGGUUGCCAACUCCUGACAGUCCAUGGUCGCACUAAAGAACAGAAGGGACCUCUAGCCGGUGUGGCCUCCUGGGAGCACAUACAGGCUGUGAGAAAGGCUGUAAAUAUUCCUGUGUUUGCAAAUGGAAACAUCCAGUACCUAAGUGACGUGGAACGGUGUAUUCAGAAGACAGGAGCUCAUGGUGUCAUGAGUGCAGAGGGCAAUCUUCACAAUCCAGCUCUGUUUGAGGGAAGAAAUCCUGUAGUCUGGGAGAUGGCCGAGGAAUACCUGGAAAUAGUACAAAAAUAUCCUUGCCCGCUCUCCUAUGUCAGGGCGCAUCUCUUCAAGCUGUGGCAUCACACGUUGCAAAUUCACCAGCAGCUGCGUGAUGAGCUCGCAAAAGUAAAGACACUGGAAGGUCUUGUGGCCGUCAACAAAGAGCUGAAGUUGCAUUGCCAGGAAGAAAUGGCCAAUCUGAAGGAAGAAGAUAAGCCCAAGGGAGGACUGCCUUUCUCCCACUGGAUUUGUCAGCCAUAUGUGAGACCAGGGCCCAAGGAGACAUGCAAAGAAAAUGGCACAAAUGGGAUGGAAGGAAGCAACCGGGGGAAGCGAGCCUUAGAGGAUGAGGAUGAUGGGAAUUCAGAUUCUCUCUCAAAGAACAAGCAAAAGAAAAAACUGAGAAAUCCCAAUAAAACCUUUGAUCCAUCCUUAAAACCUAAAUAUGCAAAAUGUGAUCAGUGUGGAAAUCCAAAGGGCAAUAAAUGUGUAUUUAACCUCUGCCGAGGAUGCUGUAAGAAAAGGGCUUUUAGAGAGACAGCAGAUUGUCCAGGACAUGGUCUACUUUUUAAAACCAAAUAUGAAAAGUCCCUUUUAUGGAAAAGCAAUCAGUCUAAUCUGCCAGAUAUUGAAAUGAUAGCACAAAAAGGAGAAAUGAAGGAGACUAGAUUACUCAAAGAACCUAUUGAUGGUGUGGCAUGAGGCCUUGGGAAUGUCUUCUCCUGGAUCUGCUCCUAGGCCCCUGACUCCCUCCCUGGGCCAAAGAAAUCUCUUCUUCCAGAAUACAGCAGUUGUCUAAAAUGAUUGCAUGGACCUAUUCUUAACUGGCGGACAAGUCUUAUUUAAGGACAAGUUUCUAACUCAGGGAAAUAUCCUGCAAUGGAAAUAAAAAAGAUGCAAUGAAAGCUUUUCAUGCUGUCUUUGAAAGACUUUGAAGGACUAGGUCAGAAGUCCUGGCCUGAAAUGUUCCACUGGAGACAGCUCUUAGUCUUGACCUGCCUGUUUUAAAUGUUAUGUGCAAUUUUUAAAUUGGCCAAUAAAUGUUUUAUAUAAGAACAGUUUUCUGGAAUGUUGGAAAGGAAACAAUUGGGAAUAUGGUAAUGCUGGGAAGAAUAGGAAGGUAUUUAAUUGUAGUUAAGAUGGCCAGAGGAGAAAGGAAAGUGUACUGAAAGGUUCUAUAAAACACAGUGACUCUGAAAACUGCUUCACAGAAUCUUUUAUA